AUGCGCACCAUACUUCCGGGCAGGCCUGCGCCGAAGCUCCAAGCUGUUAGCACAGCUCUGUGGGAAGGCAUCCGUAUCGUCGUGUAUAUAUCCGGCAAUGCGGUCGUUAUACUUGGAGGACCGCAAAAGCUACUACAGACCAUCUACCUUGACGAUAUCGAAUGGCUCUCCGCGGUUAAUAUAGAUGAAGUUUCUGGGAGGAUUGCUGUAUGUGGAGGACAGACGAUACUUGUUUACAAUCCGUCGAAAAUACGCAACAAUGUCGAGUGGAAUCUACAUCAUAAAUUCCAGCGUAAUGAUGCUGAUGCCAGAAAUUACGAUGGGGAGAUUAGAACGCUGUCGUGGGGUGGCUCCGGGGAGCUGCUAACAGGCAGCAAGAGUCUCGUUCUUUGGCACCUUAAUGACGACAGUCCACAUGCUAUAUGGACAAACAGACUGGCUAAUCGAGCUAAGAUCGCACAGUUCUCUUAUGAUGCUGGAAUUAUCGCUUCUACUGGUGACUACGAUCGGCUUGUGAAAGUAUGGAGGCGGCUUUCCUACGGCGCGGACGAGGCUCGGUUCGACGUUACGUAUCUAUCACACCCAAGUGCUGUAACAGGUAUACAUUGGCGUCGACCGCAUCAUGUAGAACAGACAAUAGACAAUGUCCUCUACACAAUGUGCGCCGACAACAAGAUACGGGUAUGGGCGCCGAUGGAUCGUCAUGCCUUACAAGCACUUCAACUUUGGAAUGUGAUUGAUAUGGAAGCUUCAAUUCAACCACGAUACCCUCCGAAAACACAAAGAUCUAAUAAUAGAUAUGGAUUCAUUGUUGACAGUCGUGAUUUCUCUCUUGCUACUGAACGUGCUGUUCAGCGUGGACCAGCAACGGAAAAGGACAAAUUUGCCCUUGACCAUCUCAUUGAGGCCGCUACAAAAAAUCCGGAAGUGUGUGUUAUUCUUGAUGGAAGCGGCCACAUGUGUGUCUGGGGGCUGGAAAACGCCGGCUGUAAAGCCAAUGCUGAAGCCAGUAUUUUCAAUAUUGCUCAUGUCGAGGGAUUGGACCUUUCAUCUGCGCUAGGUAACAGUCCAACUGGUGACUACGCACAGUUUUACCCUUUUGCUGGAGGUGUUUCUGAUGCGUCAUUUACUGUCCUCGCCCACUACUUUGACGGACGGAUUGAAUGGUUUGAUUCACGGGUCGAUAUUUUAUUUGAUCCCACGCCGCGCAAGCGCCGCUUAACCUCCCAGGCCACUUGGUCUGGACAUACAGAAUCAGUAAAAAAGAUAGUACGCACGCCGAGCGGAAAAGUGUUAAGUUCACGAACCGAUGAUAACAAUGCUGUUAUAUGGCGCCAGAGAUCAAAUAGUAGUAGGGGUUCCGUGCUUAUCCAGCAAAGCUCACUUAACUGUGAUAUGCACAUCCAUCGAACUUGCUUACUUGAAGACGGAAAUUUUCUGGUCAACCUACACCAUAACGGUAUAUCUAUGUGGGAUAUUCGCUCAUUCGAGGCGCAAAUGGUUGGAAAAAGUGAUUUUCAUCUUAGCAGCAAACCUCUUUGCGUAUUGCUUAUACCCACAUCUGAACCUCGGGCCGAUAUGACGGGCGUUGCCUGGGAAGUUGAACUUCCUACCAGCAGCAUGCAUCGAAGGCAAUCGAAGAUAGAUAAUAAUGUUCCUGUUUUACGAGAAUUCUCGACCUUUAGCCUUGGAUCGGAUGAGGAUGUUUCUUACAUCCUCCCUGUUGACCCAGCCGGCUCCAAACUCCAAGAAUCCCAUUAUCUAGAUUUGUUUGCCACUGAUAUUGCUCUCUCUUACUCGCAUGGCGGGACCAUGAAAACUUGGACUGCAAAGGUUGACAAAUCACAGUGUAGAAUCGACUGGCUACUGACUGCUACUGUUGAAACUGGGAUUGUCAACCCUUCAUUGGCCAGCGCUGGUUCUGUACGAAAGGCUGCUCUUGUAGACCAAAAACGAACACAUUUAACCAUUUGGGAUACAAACAGCGCGCAGUUGGAAUUGGAGGAAUGUUUUGAAGAGCACGAUAUCAUCCAAGACUUGGAUUGGACAUCAACCCCUGACGUCCAAUCGAUCCUAGCUGUCGGGUUCCCACACAAGGUCAUUCUCCUCUCACAACUACGAUACGAUUACCUUGACGCUGGGCCAUCAUGGGCCCAAAUCCGCGAGAUAAAGAUCGGACGUCACACACCUCACCCGAUUGGCGAUUCAUGUUGGCUAGGUAAUGGCAAUCUUGUCGUUGGUGCUGGAAACCAGCUCUUCGUAUAUGAUAAAUAUAUUGAAGCAAGCAACAGAUGGGUUACCAACUUGCGUCUACCGUACCACGACAAGACGCAUUUCGACCUAUUUGACGCUGUUAGCAGACUUAAUGGGCCACUACCAGUUUUCCAUCCUCAGUUUCUCGCUCAAUGUAUUCUGAGCGGUAAAACGAAGCUGGUUCACUUAAUAUUAACAAAGCUACAUCAGAAAUUGAAAUAUGUCACUGAUGGCGACGAUGUUGAAGCCUUUCUGGAGAUCCCACUCGAAGAUAUAUAUAAUGAGGCAUCCCCUAUACAGCAAAUAACGUAUAAAGAGAUGAAUUCCGCAUAUGCCAACUUUACUGUGGACGAUGAACCUCACGUCCUAGAUGAGGUAAUAGCGGCUUCACUCAACGAAUAUUUGAAGAAGAUAACUCUUCCGCAGUUAUCUUCCAAAGAGCAAUUCCGUCUUGUCGAUAUUGUUGAAUGCGUUGCAACUGUGGAAAAACAUCGGCGUUCAAUGGAUGUGAAUGCUGCGAGAUAUAUACUCUUCUUUCGGCAACAUAUGCUUCGGAAAAGCCAAGGGUUACUCGAGGAGUAUAUGCUUUCAUGGAGAGAAAUCGUCUGGGCCUUUCAUAGUGGUAGUCACGAAAUUCUCACAGAUCUGGUUGGGAGGCAAUUCCACAGCAAAAUGCUUUGGGAGAAUGCUAGAGAAAGUGGCAUUUUCAUGUGGAUUACUGACACGAAUGCCCUGCGCUCGCUCCUAGAAGUUGUUGCUCGAAAUGAAUAUACCAAGUCCGAAGACAAGAACCCUAUCGACUGCAGCAUUUUCUAUCUUGCCUUGAAGAAAAAGAAAGUCCUGCAAGGUCUUUGGAGAAUGGCAACCUGGCACAAGGAGCAAUCAAACACUCACCGAUUUUUGUCAAAUGAUUUUAAAGAGGCUCGUUGGCAGACUGCAGCGCUGAAAAAUGCUUUUGCACUACUUGGGAAGCGAAGAUUUGAGUACGCUGCUGCUUUCUUUCUGCUAGCAGACCAUCUACGCGAUGCAGUAAACGUUUGCAUAAACCAGCUUCGAGACAUACAGCUUGCUAUCACGAUUGCGCGUGCCUACGAAGGGGACGAUGGGCCGGUUCUAAAAGAAAUCCUUGAAGACCGAGUCCUUAUCACAGCUGCCACAGAGGGUAACCGAUGGAUGGCCACAUGGGCCUUUUGGAUGCUCAACAGACGUGAUAUGGCCGUUCGUGCUUUGGUUACGCCGAUAGAAGGUCUUCUCCCCCCAACUCCUGGAUCACCUGCGAGUCCAGGCCAAAUAGCUCUCCAAGCCAAAUCGUACCUGUCUAACGACCCAGCACUGGUUGUUUUGUAUCAGCAGCUGCGUGAGAAGACUCUGCAAACUCUCAAGGGCGCAUCUAGAAUUUCUGCCCGGGAGGAGUGGGAGUUUGUCCUGCGCAAUGCGCGUCUAUAUGACCGCAUGGGAUGUGAUCUUCUCGCCCUCAAUUUAGUACGAGAGUGGGAAUUUCUCACCCCACCUCCAGCCAGGGAUACUGUCUCUAACAGGCUGUCAAUCAGCUUCAUGGGAGAUUCGCCAGACCCACGCAAGCUGCUUAAACGAAGGGGGAGCCUUGUUGUUGCGGACAUGCAUAUCACCCAUGACAAGAAGGAUGAUGCUAGGAAGACUGAAGCUGUCAAAAGCGAAUCUCAGCAACCACAGAAUGCCACUCAGUUCCAAGAACCAGAGUCAAGUUCAUUGCUUGAUAGCUUUGGUUUCUGA